AUGCGGCUACGUCGCGCUCUACAGCCCAUCUUGUUGGGCCAUGCCACCGUGGCGGACGUGGCCCCGCCGCUCAACAUCACGGCGCUCUCUUCCCGCGACGGAUAUUCAGUGCUCGAGUGCUGGCAGCUGUCCACUGUGGCGGUCGAUUACAUGUCGGCAGCCAAUUAUGCCAUCGGCAAAACUACCGCGGCUACGUGGUCAAGAAUAGAACCGCGUACAACCGCCGGCGAAGCUUGGGCGCCGCAUGUCCAGCUUUCGAUUAUCCUGAACGGCUUGAUAAGGAUCACGGCACCCUGCCGUCUCACCCCUGACCAUCCCGACAAUCAUUGGAGAGACGUUUCAGAUGGCCUAGCGGGAGAGGGGCGCCCGGAGACGGAAAUGGCAUACGUGACGCCCGGAACCUUGCGAUCGUCGCUGCUCAUUGCAGCGGACCUCAAGUCAGCCAGCACUAUCGCGGGUCAUUUCACCGAGUUCCCGGGUAAUGAGCCCACGGUCCUUAUCCAAAUCCCUUUCGAAGGCAACGAGAUCCCAGAACACGCGAUUCUCCACAGCGGGCCGUGUCGGGAAUGA